AUGGAAAGAUUGGAAUAUCUUAACGUCAUUGCUGAGCUAUGGACAUCUCUUCCUGAGAAAUUUCGACGCCCAGGCACGUCAGAGCAUUCGCAAAAUCAGAAACGUGGAAGACCCGUCGACUCUUUUCUCGAAGGGCCUGUAUACGUGCCAACCAUCGCUCUGCUCUUCGUCACCGACAUUCCCUACGGACGCAUCUUCUCAGUUGACCCCAUUACGACCGAGUGGUCGUUGGUCGUUGAAUAUGAUGGUGAGCCGAACGGAAUGGUAUGGAAUCCAAUUUCCCGAACCAUCGUGAUCGCCGACUUUAAGCAAGGCAUCCUGUCUCUCGAUCCCGAAACUAAACAAUUUGAAACACUCGCCUCUCGCUACCAUGGCGAGCGAUUUAAAGGACCUAAUAAUUUGGUGGUCAGUGAUGACGGUACCAUCUUCUUUACCGAUCAGGGAAUGACCGGCCUCCAUGACCCAACCGGUAGAGUCUAUCGACUUCACCCCGAUGGCAAACUCGACCAUAUCCUCACGAACGGGCCUUCGCCCAACGGCCUUGUGCUCAGCCGUGACAGGUCGGUGCUCUUUAUAGCCAUGACUCGUGACAAUUCUGUCUGGCAUGUGCCUUUCUACGCCGAUGGAUCUGUGCAGCGAGUUGGGCGAUUUUCGAGUUACUUUGGUAUUGGCGGGCCAGCUGGAAUGGCUUUAGAUUUAGAGGGAAAUAUCUUCGUUGCGCAUUCGACUCUCGGAACAAUAUUCGUGCAUCGAGCAAAUGGUGAGCUAAUGGCGAAGAUUCAAAGCCCGCAAGGAACGGGAACAACCAACUUGACAUGGGCCGGAGAAGGGUCAAAUGUACUGUACAUAGUGGAGAGUGAGACGGGAUCGUUAUUGAGACUUGACUGGCAUUGUGCUGGAUGCUUGUAG